UAAUGGUUCAGGCUCAGAAUGCAGGCUAUGAUGAACUAGCCCUGAGCAAAUGAAACAGACAGGUAUAUAUAGGGAGAUAAUGAGAGGCAACAAGAAUCAGGUGAGAAACAAUCAGGGAGUGGAACACAGGUGAAACGAAUGACAGGGAAUGAAUGGGGAGACACGGACUACGGAAAGCAAAGAGGUUAACAAAAGGCCAAAACGCUGUGGACUUAUAAAGAAAAACACAGAACCUGGCAAAGAGAAGCUAAACUCUGUCUCUGUCAGAGAAACUAGUCUGUCUGUGUCAGUGUGAGCAGUGAAAUGGCUGAAGGUGGAGGUUUACUGGAUCAGGACCAGUUCAGCUGUUCGAUCUGUCUGGAUCUACUGAAGGAUCCGGUGACUAUUCCCUGUGGACACAGUUACUGUAUGGGCUGUAUUAAGGGCUACUGGGAUCAGGAUGAUCAUACUGGUGUCUACAGCUGUCCCCAGUGCAGACAGACCUUCACCCCAAGGCCUGUUUUAAAAAUGAACACCUUGGUGGCUGAAGUGGUGGAGAAACUGAAGAAGACAGGACUCCAAGCUGCUCCUCCUGCUCACUGUUACGCUGGACCUGGAGACGUGGUGUGUGAUGUCUGCACUGGGAGAAAGCACAAAGCCGUCAAGUCCUGUCUGGUGUGUCUGGCCUCUUACUGUGAAACUCACCUCAAACUUCAUUAUGAGCUGAACCCAGGUAAGAGACACAAGCUGACCGAUGCCUCUGGAAACCUGCAGAAGACGAUCUGCUCUCAUCAUGACGAACCGCUGAAGAUUUACUGUCGUACCGAUCAGCAGUGUAUCUGUAUGCUGUGUGUGAUGUAUGAACACAGAGGCCAUGAUACAGUCUCAGCUGCAGCAGAAAGGACUGAGAAACAG